GCUGUAGGCUCCGUGUUGGCUACCAACUACCGAGAACAUCAUGCAUUGACGGCACAUGGACAUUUAUCUCCCAUUUACACAAUCAGGUCAUGAUGCCAUUCCAAAGCCUGAUCCGGCCGUCCCGAACUGACCUAAGUCAUAGAUAGCUCAAAUGGUAUACUUGAGAUUGUAAUGUGGACGAGAUCCAUCCUACUGGUUAUGUUGACGGCAUUUACAUUAUGGCACGUCACUAACAGCAAUGAGCGAUGUCACCGACCACGCCACGGCCGCAGACCGAGGGAGCCUGCAGGGUUCAGAUAUCGGCCUCGGACAGACAAGUUGUGCCACGGGCCCUGCAUCGAACCACAACACCGACACCUCUUAUUGUUGGGAGGAACCAACAACCGAGAGCGAUUGCGCCAUUGCAGCAUCAGUCAACACAUCGAUGGCAUUUCUAGGCUAUACUCGGCCCUCUCCCUCAGUGAGCCUGAAGUUGUCAUAUUGGUCCAAGUGACCAGAGACUGGACACCUGACCCCCAAGUUCUAGACCUGAUGGCCGGCCGUUUAGGCAACGUGUCUGUAUUUGUAGGAGGUCACCACUCGGCAAACUCGAUCCUCCAUUACUGUCGAGGAAUGGGCGAUCGGUGUUUCCGACUUCAGACUUUAUUCCCCGUCCUAACUGAGAUCCACAAAUGGACACCUCCCGGAGAAAUAUCAUCCACUCUUUUGGACAUUUACGAUCCUAGAUGGCUUCCCAUCACCACCCCUGCCCCUCUAAAUCCCAACCUUACGUUGUCGACGCACAAACAAAUCGAAGAACUUACUUCCCAGCUCUGUGUUCGAGAUAGGAGGCUCAAUCGCUACUUCGAACUGCAUCAUACGAUUACUGAUCCAUCGAAUGUUUUGCUCUGUUACAGGAGGACUGGGGGAGACGUGAUAGAGCCUGGGAUGGUAACAGAGUCCAGUCUCUCACUAAGAGACAUUCUACCCAUCAACCCAAAACAUUAUGACAAAAACCGAGCACCUAAGUUCCAAGGACAAGCAACUAUUGUUUAUUUCCAUGUCACUGUUCUCUCUCUGGACUCAAUCAAUGAGGAAUCAAUGACCUAUGUCGCAGACAUUUUCUUAGCACAAAGUUGGAGGGACCCGAGACUUCGCUUGCCAGAGAAUAUGAGUGAGGAGUACAGGAUACUAGACGUCGAAUGGCUGCAUGAUAUCUGGAGACCGGACUGUUUUUUCAAAAAUGCCAAAAAAGUAACUUUUCACGAAAUGAGUAUUCCCAACCAUUAUCUAUGGCUCUACCACGACAAAACACUUCUUUACAUGUCAAAGCUUACACUUGUACUGUCAUGUGCUAUGAAAUUUGAGUCCUAUCCUCAUGAUACCCAAAUCUGCUCAAUGAUGAUUGAAAGUUUAUCUCACACAACACAUGAUUUGGUGUUCAUAUGGAACAUGACGGACCCAUUAGUCGUCAAUCCAGAAAUAGAACUGCCUCAACUGGACAUAUCUAACAACUACACAGCUGAUUGCACCAUUGAAUACUCAACUGGAAACUUUACAUGCUUAGCAGUAGUAUUCAACUUAAGAAGACGACUGGGCUAUCACCUGUUCCACACAUACAUUCCUUCGGCUUUAAUUGUUGUCAUGUCUUGGAUAUCAUUUUGGAUCAAACCUGAGGCGAUUCCAGCUAGGGUCACUUUGGGAGUAACUUCAUUGCUUACAUUAGCAACACAAAACACACAAUCACAACAAUCCCUACCACCAGUGUCUUACGUGAAGGCUAUUGACAUUUGGAUGUCAUCGUGUUCUGUGUUUGUGUUCCUAUCUCUGAUGGAGUUUGCUGUAGUCAACAACUACAUGGGCCCCAUCGCAACAAAGGCGAUGAAAGGAUAUUCUGAAGAAGACGUUAGAGGAGGUUUAGACGAUCUCAAGCAGGAAUUGGAUCCAUCUGGAAGGGGCCCCCCACGGGCAUCUAUUCUCCCAUCUCUACCACAAUACCCCACUUUCUGCAAUGGUAGGGAAAUUGCCCUCUCAAUCGAUCAAUUCUCCAGAUUUUUUUUCCCGUUUUCAUUUUUUGUUUUGAACAUAGUAUACUGGACAUCGUUUCUCGAGGUGUAAGGGUGUGCUUUUGUAAAUAGCCUAUACGAUGUCUGCUGUAAUUUGUGUGCAGUUUUGAAUUUUGAAAAUUUUGUAUGACUUUCUGUUUCUAGAGUAUUGUUGUUAUGUGUAAGUUGUUCAUCAGUAAAUGUUGUCAA